UUAAUUUUUAUUUAGUUUAUUAUUGAUUUUGUCGGCAAUUAACUUAAACCGAAAGAAACCGUUUUUCGCAGGCACUUCUAAAACCCGCACUUUUGUCAACAAACAGUUUUAAUAUCAUAGCAAAUAACAGUUUUAAAAUCUUUAAAUAGUUUGAUCAGCUGAUUCAGUGUUCAUUAGCUAAGUGUUUUAGAGUAAAAUUUAUUUAGGAACAAAUUUAAAUGCAUUUUGUUUAAAUGUGGGAUUCUGCAAAAAAAAAAAUUAGUGCUGUUGAUGCAUUCACAAAGUUUAUGUUGUGCGUAGAUUUGUGUCAAUUGAACAGCUUAUCAAAUAUGUGUUCAACAGUCUCGUAUUAUUUGUAAUUAUUUUAAAUGCAAAGGGUCAACCCAUUGCUCUUAUUGUUUUUUGAUAAGAAAAUGCUAAGCAGAGAAUAAAAACUUGAAAAACUUGUAGAUAUUUUUAUUGCUUCUAAUUUUUAUAAGUACAAGAGCCGAAACAUAUUUGAAAAUCAGUGCUUCCGGUGACGACGUGUUGGCUGUAUCGCAGCUAUUUGCUUGUGCUAAAUUAUAUUAAUUUAACGCUUAAUUGAGAUUAAGAUAAAAUGUUAGGAUUAUUUAAUUUAAUUAUAUGUCUAAGUAUAUUAUGCAUCUAUCAACUUCCAAAUAUAUCUGUAAGUGCAAAUGAUGAUAUAUAUAGUGCGCUUCCCGAGGAUCUUGUAGAGCAACCGCCAACAGUGCUGGUUGCACUAAUGGUUCGAAAUAAGGCACACGUAUUACCACUUUUUUUGACAUAUUUUGAACGCUUGAAUUAUCCAAAAAAUCGAAUGGCCUUAUGGAUACGGAGUGACCAUAACAAUGAUGCUAGUGCUGAAAUAUUACAAUUGUGGCUUAACCAAACUACUAACCUUUAUCAUAGUGUGGACUUGGAAAUUGAUGAUAGCAUAAGUGAUUACAACAAUGCUAGUUCGCCUUUCGAAUGGACUUUGGAUCGUUUCGAACAUGUAAUAAAAUUAAAAGAAUCUGCUCUAGCAUAUGGUCACAAAAUUUGGGCCGAUUAUAUAUUCUUUCUGGAUGUGGACGUACUGUUAACGCUUCCCGAUACAUUAAAACAUCUCACAAAUUUAAGAUUACCAAUUGUAGCACCAUUGCUUUUGUCCGAAAGCUUGUAUUCAAAUUUUUGGUGCGGGAUGACAGCAGACUACUAUUACGAGCGCACGGAUGAAUAUAAAGAAAUAUAUAAUAUUAAAAAAGUCGGAACUUACCGGGUACCAAUGAUUCAUAGCGCAGUAUUAGUGGAUUUGAACUAUAUGGGUUCUUAUUACUUAACUUUUGAGAAGGAACGUUUAAGAGAAAUUCAGCAAAAUAAUAUUGAGUGGGCUAAAGAAAAUAAUAAUCACUGUCGUUUGUAUGAUGGACCUUUGGAUGAUAUCAUCAUAUUUGCAAUAUCUGCAAAUUGUUCACAAAUUCCUUUGUACUUAGAUAAUCAAUAUCUUUAUGGAUAUAUUUUACAACCAUUAGAAGCUAACGAUAAUUUGACACAAGACUUGCUUCAAUUGACCAAUAUUCAAACAAAUAUUGUAAAUGAUCUUGGAAAAGUUGUCGACGUUCUUGAUUAUUUAGAAAAGUUUAAGCCAAAAAGCGAGAAACAUAAACUAACUUUAGAUCAUAUUUAUAUGAUUAACUUAAAUCGACGACCCGAGCGCCGCUUAAAAAUGGAAAAACUAUUCGCUAUAUUAAAUCUAGAUGUUGAACAUUUUCCUGCAGUUGAUGGGAAGGAACUUAAUUUGGAUAUUAUUAAUGAAAUGGGCAUUAAAUUUUUACCAGGAUAUGAGGAUCCAUAUCAUCAUCGUCAAAUGACAAUGGGUGAAAUCGGUUGCUUUUUGAGUCAUUAUCGUAUUUGGGAAAAAAUAGUAGAAAACAAACUGAAAGAAGUAUUGAUAUUGGAAGAUGAUAUACGUUUCGAACCAUAUUUUCAAGAACGUGCGGUACGUGUUUUAAAUGAAGCCAGAAGUGUGGUCGAAUAUGAUCUAAUUUACUUUGGUCGUAAACGGCUUAAGGAUGAAAAUGAGCCAUGGGUUCAAGACACUGACUACUUAGUACAUGCUGGUUAUUCGUACUGGACAUUAGGCUAUGUUUUGUCCUAUGAAGGCGCUCUCAAACUACUCAAUGCAAAACCACUUCAAAAGUUAAUACCAGUCGAUGAAUACCUACCUUUGAUGUUUAAUCGCCAUCCAAAUAAAACUUGGAGUGCUGCAUUUCCAGAAAGAAAUGUGAUUGCUCUUAGCGCGGCACCAUUAAUUUUGUUUCCUACUCAUUAUACUGGAGAUAUGGGCUAUAUAUCAGAUACUGAGGACUCAGAAUUAACUUCACAACCUUCAGCACAACUCACAAACACAAAUACGGCACAACUCAAAAGUGAUCGUGAAUUAGAAUUGAAUUUUAGUAGUGAUAUGCAUAAUACGAAUGCUGCUUGGAGAGAUGGAGAGGAAGUGAAAAGCAGCAUAGAUAUCGCCAAAACACAUGAGGAAUUAUAAAUAAUUUAUUAAUUAGUUUUUUGUUCACUUGUCGUUUACUGUGAUUUUAACCUUGCCAUGUGCAUUUUGUUUUAAGAAGUGCCUUACUAAUUUUAAAUGUUGUAAAAUGUUUUUUUGUGAACGUACAAUUUAUUUUAACAAAUUUAUAUAAAUAUGUUUAUUUGUAUCGUCAUCAAAGAUGAUCCCACGUAAUCUCGCAACUAUAGGCAAGUCUGGAAAAUAUUUUCCAAAGAGUAUGUGUGAUCGGUCUAUCAUUAAUACAACAAUAAACUCAUUAAAUACUCUGUAAAGAAUCUCUGCAAAUAAUUAAAUAUUAAAUAUUUUUUAUUAUACCUGUUUACUAAUCCAAAGCGAUACCAAAACAAGUAAUUUAGACUUGUAAAUAUAAAAUAUUUACAGUA